AUGCCAUCGCCACGACCAAGACCAUCCUUUGACGAGUUACCACUGGACAAGUCGGGCCCGCCUGGCAACGCCUGGGGCCUCUACGGGGAUGACGAUGUCCUGGGCGCCCUGAACCUCCUCACCCCAGAGGUCAUCGCGCAGGCCGCCCGCGAGAACAUCCAGACGGGCCAGCGCGUCGCCCUGGACUGGCAGCUGAACAAGCCGUCGCGCCCCAGCUUCGACCGCCCGGCGUUCCAGUGGACCCUGCGGCCCAGCAGCCCAGCAGCCCAGCAGGCCAUCAACGACGACCACCUCAGCUUCAACACGCAGUGCAGCAGCCAGUGGGACGGCUUCCGCCACUUUGGCUACCAGAAGGCGAGGCGGUUCUACGGGGGCCGCACGCAGGGCGACAUCGAGGGCUCGGCCGUGCUGGGCAUUGACGCUUGGGCGGCCAGCGGUGGAAUUGUGGGACGUGGGGUGCUGCUGGACUAUGUGUCCUUUUGUGAGAGGCGCCACCUGCCCACCGUCGACGCCCUGGCCAGCGCCUCCAUCCCGCUCGCACACCUCCAGGCCAUGGCCCGGGACGCCGACGUGGCCUUCCGCCCCGGCGAUAUCCUAUUUAUCCGGUGCGGCUUCACAAAGGCCUACAACGCCCUCGACGAGGCCGGGCAACACGCCCUCCCGGACAGGCCGACGCCUGACUUCCUCGGCGUCGAGCCAUCCAAAGACACCCUGCGCUGGCUCUGGGAGAGCGGCUUCGCCGCUGUGGCGGGGGAUGCCCCCAGCUUCGAGCAGGCCCCCCCGUGGGAGCACGACAUGCGAUGGGGCGGUCUGUUGCACCAGUGGCUGCUAGCCGGCUGGGGCGUCCCCAUCGGCGAGAUGUUUGACCUCGAGGAGCUGAGCGUGCGCUGCAAGGAGCUGGGCCGCUGGACCUUCUUCCUCUCGAGCGUGCCUCUCAACGUCCCAGGCGGCGUGGCAACCCCCCCCAAUGCUGUCGCCAUUUUUUGA